UCUGCCUUCCAUUAUAGUUUUAAUACCCAUCACUACCCUUUUCUCUGCACUGGCAGUUAUAGUUCCGUUUGUAUUCUUUUGGUGAUCCUCUUAAAUAUCUGAAAUACACACCUGACUUUACAAAGCCAGACAAUGCUCAGUCUCUUUAACCCCCUCUCAAAUUGCCCUCUCAGUCUUCCAUGUUCUUGUGUCUCAUGCAUCUUGUUUCUGUGGCCCACAAAUUAGUCAUUAUUAUUCAUAUUGCAUAUUAAAUGCUUGUUUAGAUUCACUCACAUGUUUACCAAUUUGCUCACCAUUUUUCCAUCAAAUUUCUUCCUUUUGGGUUCCAUGUCCUUGUUACUAAACUACAUUCUUUAAAAAUUAUUUCGGCGGCCAGGCGUGGUGGCUCACACCUGUAAUCCCAGCACUUUGGGAGGCCGAGGCGAGUGGAUCACGAGGUCAGGAGAUCGAGACCAUCCUGGCCAACAUGGUGAAACUCCAUCUCUACUAAAAAUACAAUAAUUAGCUGGGCGUGGUGGCAGGCGCCUGUAAUCCCAGCUACUCAGGAGGCUGACUGAGGCAGGAGAAUCGCUUGAAUCCGGGAGGCAGAGGUUGCAGUGAGCUGAGAUCGCACCACCGCACUCCAGCCUGGCAAUAGAACGAGACUUCGUCCCCCUCCCCCGCCCCCCCAAAAAAUGUUGAUCUUCGGUCUGCGCAUUCUGCUCUGGAUUUUAAGCAUCAUUUCUGGCAGCUCUUCUUCAGGAACUGUCUCUGCAGGUCUUUCAGUGUUCGCCUCUGGAGCUCUGCUCGGGCCCGCGAGUUCUCCUGGCGUUGCCAUCCGUGGCCUUUUCCUUUUUAUUCUCCAUCACCUGUCUCUCUGGUGAGCUGCUUCUGAUCAGCCUCCAGGUCCACGAUUUCUCUUCUGUUGUCCUUUUCUGCCUUCUCACCUCAUCCUCUGAGACCUGAAUUUCGAUGGCUCUACUUUUCAAUUAUAUUAUUCUUUUUCAAACCUGGGCGUUCAUUUCUAGCAUCUUGUUCUAUCCUGUGUCUGACUGUGCCUCCCGCACCUUCUCCCUUCUCUCGCCCUAAGCCCCGUGAAGGCGCCUGGCCUUUGGCUCCGGCUGUUUCCCACGCCGCCCAGAACCGCGUCAGUCCUGACACAGACUCGGUGAGGGCGGGAAGUGGUGCCGUGGGGCUGCAGCCUGGCCCGCCCGCUCCAUCGGCCCAGAGCGGUCCCACCGCCCUCCGGGCCUUACCUUGCGUUCGGGCCGCGGGAGAAGCUCCCGCGCUGCCCAUGACGUCACGGGACUGUGACGCGCCCAGAAGCCCCGCCCCUCGCGUCCCGGUCCGAGGACCCAGGCUCUCUGCGCCGUGACGUCACGGGUCCGGGCGGGCGGGUUGUGCGUCGGCCCAAUGGGAGCGGCGCACUGGCCUCCCCUUUAAGGAAUGUUGUGACCUGACGUCACCGGGCGAGUUACCUCCCGCAGCCGCAGCCGCCGUGCUCAGCGCGAGCCCCGGAGCCCUUGAGCGCGAGGCACGGAGCCCCCGGAGCCCCCAAACCGCAGACACAUCCCCGCGCCCCAGAGCCCCGGCCUGCGCGCCCAGCCGGGCCCGCGCGAUGCCCUCAGACCGGCCUUUCAAGCAGCGGCGGAGCUUCGCCGACCGCUGUAAGGAGGUACAGCAGAUCCGCGACCAGCACCCCAGCAAAAUCCCGGUGAUCAUCGAGCGCUACAAGGGUGAGAAGCAGCUGCCCGUCCUGGACAAGACCAAGUUUUUGGUCCCGGACCAUGUCAACAUGAGCGAGUUGGUCAAGAUCAUCCGGCGCCGCCUGCAGCUGAACCCCACGCAGGCCUUCUUCCUGCUGGUGAACCAGCACAGCAUGGUGAGUGUGUCCACGCCCAUCGCGGACAUCUACGAGCAGGAGAAAGACGAGGACGGCUUCCUCUAUAUGGUCUACGCCUCCCAGGAAACCUUCGGCUUCUGAGCCAGCAGUAGGGGGGGUCGGCCUGGGAGUUGGGGGGCCCCAGUCAGGCCCUGCCCAGAGAGCUCCUGGUUCCUGAACUGAGCUGCCUCUACCGUGGUGGGCUGGGCAGGCAUGUGCCCCCCUAGUCAGAGGGCACCAACCCACCUACUCUGCCCCUGGGUGGAUCCUGGGCCGGUCAUGUUAGGGUUGUCCCUCUGGGUGCUGGCUGGUGGGAUGGGGGAGGGUGGGGAGCAGCUCCCAGCACCCCUGCUGUGUGGUUCAUCUUUUUUUUAGGCCCCUGCCUGUCUGCCCAUCUGCCCCUCACCCACCUGAGGCUCUGCCCACUGCCUGGACCUGCCCACCCCUGAAAGACUGGCCCCUGGCUCCCCGCCCCUCGGUCUCCACGUGGUGUAUGGAUCUGUGGUCAUUGUCCCUCUGCAGAAUAAAGAUUGCUCAGGCCUGCCUGGC